UCCUCACUCACCGACAGAUACUCCACAGCACAUCCUGAUCUGGAAAAAUAAGAAAUUGACUGGAAGCAGCAAGUUCACACUAAAUUAAUACUCCAUGGCUCCAUACUGAUGAGCGGAUUCUCUCCCUCCGGUGGAUCUGACCUCAAAGCAGCAGUGGUUUGAAUUUUGUGAUCUGGGAAUUGGAGAAAUGGGUCGUGGAGUAAGCUGUGGUGGAGGACAAAGCUCAUUGGGCUACUUGUUUGGGAGUGGUGAGGCUCCAAAACCUGCGAAAGAGAAUGUCCAGUCUGCUCCAAGUGAAACUAAGGCUGCAAGUAAGCCUAAUGCUGCUGCACAGCCGGUUGAUAUUAGCAAGCAGAUCCCUGCAGGCAUUAAUACUAGCACUGCAAACAACUACUUAAGAACAGAUGGUCAAAACACUGGCAAUUUCAUCACGGAUCGACCUUCAACAAAGGUCCAUGCUGCCCCCGGAGGAGGCUCUUCUUUGGGUUACCUGUUUGGUGGCAACUAAGGGCAAGUUCAAGACUGCAAGCCUUAUCAAGUGUCUUCUGGUUUCUGUAAAAUUUGUGGGUACAUGAGACGUAUUUUCACCUUUAUGAUUAUCAAGCUUAAUUGUCAAUUGUCGCAUAUGUGGCCUGGUGUUCCUUGUGUAAUAUAUGACUCAAAUACUUAAAUCCCAUAUGUGUCCGUCAUAAGGCUUCAGUUUGUAAAAGAAUCAAGAUACAUUCUGUUGUGUACGUUAUGCUUUUUUCCAGUUCUUGAUACUUGAUCAAGCCCUUAUUGCUUACCAUCACGGUGACUCCAAGGGUUUCAUUCUCCGAGACCCCAGUCCAGGGGAUUAUGAAGAAAGCCUGUGUCCUUUUUC